UUCUUUUCUUUUUCUUUUCCAAUUCAAACAAUGUCAACAUCCAAAACACUUGAACGGUUAAAUACAAUCGCCAAUCACUUGGAACCUACCGCUAAGAAAGACAAAGCCUUGGAAAAGUCUGAAUGGAAGGAUAUUAUUCAUGAAAUACGUAGAAGGCAACGACAAAACCGAACAGCAAAUGCAAACGAUCGUGGUUACAUUCGUCAAAAGACAACAGGUAAACUUUGGGUACGAGAAAGAAUCGAUCGCUUGGUGGAUCAAAAUAGUUUUUAUGAACUUGGAAGCGUGGCUGGAAGAACCAAAUAUGCCAAACAAGAUACGGAUGAAAAAGAUGAAUAUACUCCUGCUAAUUUUAUUGCUGGAAAAGCCAAGAUGAAUCAACGUCCUAUUAUUGUGGCUGCUGAUGAUUUUACUAUUCGUGGUGGACAUGCUGAUGGUGCUGUUUGGGGAAAAUCGUUAUAUGCUGAACAACUUGCACGAAGCUUAAAAAUACCUAUGGUGCGUUUAAUUGAUGGUAGUAGUGGGGGUGGAUCUGUAACACUAGCUUUGGACAAAGGAAGCACUAUGUUACCUCCUUUAAUUGGUAUGCAUGAUAUGAUUGCAAGUUUAUCUGAAAUUCCUGUUGUGGCAGCUGCUCUUGGUCCUGCGGUUGGUUUAGGUGCAGCUCGAGCUACAUUGACUCAUUUCUCGGUGAUUCCUCAAAAUAUUGGCUCCCUUUUUGCGGCUGGUCCUCCCAUUGUUGCUAAUGCUACAUUUGAAACAGUGACCAAGGAAUCUUUAGGUGGUGCUUUGAUUCAUACUGCGAAUGGAUCCAUUGACAAUCUUGCUGUAGAUGAAGAUGAUUGUUUUGCUCAAGUUCGACAAUUCCUCUCUUACUUACCUGCCAACACACAUCAAUUACCUUCAAGAAUCAAUAACGAAAAUGAUGAUCCCAAUCGAUGUGACGAUGAACUAAUUUCUAUUAUUCCAAGGCGACGACAACGGUCUUAUCAAGUUCGAGAUAUUCUUAUUCGGGUAAUGGAUCAAGGCUCUUGGUUUGAAAUUGGUGCUCGAUGGGGUGAUGGUGCUGUAUGUGGAUUGGCUCGUUUAAAUGGUUAUCCUGUUGGUAUUAUCUCUUUUGAUGGAAGCAAGCAAGGAAAUGUUCUGACCACUGCUAGUUGUCAAAAGUUUAGACGUCAUAUUGAUUUAUGCGAUGUGUUUGGUAUUCCUAUUCUCAAUUUUGCUGAUUAUGCAGGCUUUUCAGUAGGCACUCAAGCUGAGCGUGAAGCAACUAUUAGACAUGGAUCAACUUUAACAGCUGCUUUAUAUCAAUGUGAUAUUCCUUACUUUACAGUUGUAUUACGUAAGGUAUUUGGUGUCGCUGGUGCUGCUUUUGUUGACAAUCGUAUUCCCAAUAUGAGAGUAGCAUGGCCAUCUGGAGACUGGGGCUCUUUACCAUUGGAAGGGGGAAUUUAUGCUGCCUAUAAGCGGGAACUAGAUGCUGCUGGCGAUAAAAAACAAGAACUCUAUGAUAAUAUCAUGGCCAAAUUUGAAGCUGUCCGUUCACCUGUUCGAACAGCUGAAGCUUUUGAUAUCGAAUUGAUUGAUCCUCGUCAUACUCGUCCUAUCCUUUGUGAAUGGGUACAAAUGAUUUAUGAUCAUAUUUUACCUGUACGUUUAGAAAAAGUGAAAGUGAAUGGACCUAGAGUAGUUUAUAGACCUUGAUUACUAUUAUUAUUAUUAUUAUUUUUACAUAAUAAACUGUAUGUGUUAUUCGUUUGUAUUUA